CACCUUUAUUUAGCUUCAAGCAUCGCCCUCCACCUCCGUUUCCUCUCUCAUCCCCCAGCAAAAUCUAGCAGGUAAGACUCGAGGUGAAAGAGCCGAGGUGCGAGGAUGGUGGAGAACUCGAAAGGCAGGAAAGAGGAGGUGGUGACCAGGGAGUACACCAUCAACCUCCACAAGCGUCUCCAUGGAUGCACAUUCAAGAAGAAAGCUCCCAAGGCCAUAAAAGAGAUCCGGAAGUUUGCCCAGAAAGCCAUGGGAACCAAUGACGUGAGAGUUGAUGUGAAGCUCAACAAGCACAUAUGGAGCAGGGGGAUUCGAAGUGUGCCGAGGAGGAUCAGGGUCCGUGUUGCCCGCAAGAGGAACGAGGACGAGGAUGCCAAGGAGGAGCUUUACUCUCUAGUCACCGUUGCUGAGAUCCCACCAGAAGGGCUAAAGGGAUUGGGCACCAAGAUCAUUGAAGACGAUGAAUGAGUUAUCUUUGUUUCCUAGCUUAGUAAAUCUUGCUUUUGUCUGGAUUAAAAGACUUAAUGAGAGUUUUGUUCAACAUUUUUGGGCGUUGUUAGAUUGGUCCGUAAACCAUGAUGACAGAUGCAGAAAACCUCUUACCAUAUUGUUGUUGGUUUGUUACUUCUCGUCUCCUCAUACUGUUCAGGACCAAGGAUCCAUUGUCACGUGUUUUCUAAUUAUGUGGUUGGACGAAUUACAAUAUCAUCUUACGUUACGAA